UCAAUUUUUAUUUGUGAAAAACAGAUUCCAUUCUAUCGAAAAAAGGAUCCGAUUCCCGAACCCCAACGCUCAUUUCAAGCCAAUCACCUGUUCUCUCCUCCCUUCCCUGUUCUGUAGCUGUUGCCACUUGCCGCCAAUUAAAUUUCUCAGAAAUUUGGCCGAAAUCUUCCAGGUUUGCGUUUGACCCCAUAAUCUCAUCGAUUCGUACCAUAAGCAGACCCCAUCAAUAUCAAAUCUGGGCUUCGCUUUCAUUUGGGUUCUAGGGUUUUUUUGAAUCUCGCUCUAGCUUUUUGAAUUUUCUGCACAUGGAUUCUGCACUGGUUAGAGGGGGCUUGGGAUUCUCUCAGAGAAGAAAGAAAUGGCUUAUUCUGUUGGCUGUGAUGGGGGUCUCUGGUUACGGUGCUUAUAAGGUCUAUCAUUUGCCCUCUGUCGAGAGGAAGAGGAAGAGGCUGAUGAAGCUCUUUGGCGCCAUAAUUUCCGUGGCCGAAAUGGUGGCGGAUUCUUCAGAAGCCAUUGGAGUAGUUUCUAAGGACUUGAAGGAAUUUCUGAAAUCUGAUUCCGACCAAAUUCCCAACAGUUUGAAACAAAUUUCUAAAAUUGCAAGGUCGGAGGAGUUCUCGGAGUCUGUUGAAAAGGUCACUGAGGCCUUUACGGUUGGGAUGAUGAGAGGGUAUAAAUCUGUGACAAGGAAUGAACAAAAUAUGGAGGCUGGUUCAAAGAAUUCCAGCUUUGCUGCUGGUGUAGUUGAGAAGCUUUUCUCAACAGCUGGGACUGGUUUUGCUUCUGUUGUGGUUGGAAGCUUUGCGAAGAAUCUGGUUAUGGGGUAUUACUCAGUUCCUGGAUCAGCUGAUGAUGCAAGUCGAAAUUUGCAGACAGGUGCUUACGAAUCUGGAUCUGAAGUUUCAGAGGUGCCCAGAUGGGUAAGUGUGGCUGCCAAUGAGAAAUGCAAAAAUGUUAUGGCAGAUUGUAUACAAGUUUUUGUUAGUACUGCCGUUGCUGUAUAUCUCGAUAAAACCAUGGAUGUUAAUGUGUACGAUGAACUAUUUAGUGGAUUGACCAAUCCCACGCAUCAGAACAAGGUGAAGGACAUGCUUGUUUCUAUUUGUAAUGGCGCUGUGGAAACACUGGUAAAAACAUCUCACCAAGUACUUACUAGCUCACAGACGAGUUCAAAUUUGAGUCCCGUUUCAUCCUGUAAUGGACUGUCCAAGAUAGGAGACGACCCUUUUUCUGAAGAAGAGUAUCCAAAGAGGAUUGCUGUGGCCAACUCAAUUGAAGGUAGCCAAAGUGAUUGGGUGGGCAGAGUUUCAUCUACUUUGGCAGUUCCUAGAAAUCGGAAGUUUGUGCUUGAUUUAACUGGUAGGGUGACCUUUGAAACAACACGAUCUGUUGUGGAAUUUUUGCUGUGGAAGCUAAUGGAUGGUCUGAAGAGAAGUCUUGAUAUAGUUCAUGACGAAGUUGUGGGUAGGGGAUUGGAAGUCAUUAGAUACUUCACUGCAAAGUCCUCUGUUAUUGUUACAAUUUGUCUAGCAUUGUAUCUACAUGUUUUUGGUGGCACCAGACUUCUGUUACCUGCAUAAUAUAGCGGGAUGCAGUUCAUGCCACAUAGAUAGAAAGUAUAUACCAUUGUUGCAUUUUGGGGAAGUUUUGUACUUUCUCGAUAUCAUUCAAAUUUUAAUGAAAAUGAUACUUUAGAACUGAUGCAUA